AUGGUAGGAGCCGUAGGUGACGCGGGGGUGGUGGACACCCUGGAGGCACGGUUGGAGAACGCGAGGAGGAAGCAUGAGGCCAAUGAGUAUGGCGACUUGCCCUGGGCGGUCGUCGAGGCUGGACUCCGCUCCACGUGGGUGACGGAGCACCCGUCUCGACCUACCUCUCCUCGUCCGGUGAACAACGAAGGCGGCGUCGACGUGGGCGUCAACGCCGGGGGUGGUCAAGUCGAUAGUAGUGCUGGAGGCAUGUCGAGGCAGAGAGGUGUGAUACACGCCAGUGAAGUCGGCGGCGUUCAGGUGCGAGGGAUGCAGACAUCGGCGGCUGCAGGCUCUUCGCAGGGUGACGUCGGGGGUCGACAGAGUGGGCUGUCGCCGAUGUCGGCGUCCCAGGUGACAGCAGGUGGAAUUGCACCGAGCUACGGCUACUUCAAGUUCACGCCGGACAGGAUCUCGGUCACCCCCCCACUGGUCGGUCGACCCGACAUUCUCACCUGGAAAGAAGCUAUCGAGCCCCAUCUGGAGAUGGCCGGGCUGAUCGGCUUCGCCCGAGGGACCGUGGCGACGCUUGGGGAGCACCACCCCGACUUAAGGGCGGAGUUUCGCGCCGUGCAGCUGCUGACCUUCACGGUCAUCUCGCGGUGCUGCUCGCCAGGGGUGCAGAUUGCCUUAAAGUGGUGCCGAGAGUACAUCGACGCCGGCCACCGGGCGUGGCACUUCAUCGAGUCGACGUACCAGGUCACCGACGACCUGUUUAUCGCCCAGCUGGAGGGACAGCUGACGCACCUGCGUAUGGGUGACGAUGAGACAGCGACCGACUACUGCAACCGGGCCCGGCGAAUUCUCGCCACCAUCAGGAUGGCCGGCGCGCAGUACUCCACGGCAUCGUACAUCACCCAUGUCAUGCAGGGACUCUCCAGCAGCUACAACCUCCUGAAGCGGCUGUCCAUGGCGCCGGGCACGAGGGCGACGCUCAACGAGGACAACUUGACCUCGUACAUCCUGCAGGACGAGGCGAUGCAGGAGGCUGAGCGGUCGCAGGAACUCUUGGCGCAGGCCAACUUCGUCGCCCCGGCGAAGCAAGGAGGCCGACCAGGAGAGCGCGGACAGUCUGGUGGCGGCGGGAGCGGUGGCUGGAAGUCGGCCAAGGAGGUCGACAAGAAGAAGUCGACCAAGAACAGCGGUCGAGGAGGAGGAGGUCGACGACGGGAGUGCUGGCUGUGCGGCGACCCCGACCACCUCUCCUUCGAGUGCCCCGACCGCAGUGACUCCGACGACGACGACAAGGGAAGCCGCGGGAGGUCUGACAGUCGUCGUCCCCGUCGAGGAGGAAAUCGGCCGCGCAAGGAGAAGCAGUCGACCAAGACGUCGACUUCGGCGAAGGACGCCGACUCCCCUGCUGGCGGCAAGGCGCGGGACGACAAGACGGCGUCGUGCUCACUGGUCGGCAUCGUGGAGCCGACCGUCUCUCUGGCGUCGGAGGCUGGGGAGGACUUCCAGGCGGUGGCGGCGGCUGUGCAGGCGAACCCGGCGGUGGUCCUGCUCGACAGUGGUUGCUCCCACCACCUGAUGGGGACGAAGGAAGCCUUCGUCGACCUGCAGCCGAGCGGCUUCAUCAAGCACGUGCGCGGCUUCAAUGGGGCGCUGCAGGAUGUCCAGGGCCGCGGCACCAUCGCUCUGCAAGGGGAGGCCGGGAAGCAGGUGCUCAUCCCCGACGUGCUGUACGUCCCGGGUGUGCGGGCGAACUUGCUGUCGUCCGGCCAGCUGAAGGAGCACGGUGUGAAGCUGCAAGAGGACGGCGACGGGAUGCUGCUCGUCUCGGCAACGGGAGAAGUGCUCGGACGGGCGACGUACUCCGGGCGUGUCCUCUGCACCGACCUGCGUCCCUGCCCAACGAGGUCGACGUCGACAACGCCGGAGGUUGUGGCCCUGCGGGCGAUUGUCUCAACAACGAAGUCGACGCCGGACCGAAUGCAUGCGAGGCUUGCACAUGUCGGCAUGGACACCAUACGGAGCUCGGCGAAGAACGAGGUCGCCAUUGGGUUGGAUCUCAAGUCGGCGACGGGCGCCGACUCCCCGUGUGUCUUGUGCGUCGGCGGGAAGCUGGCGCGGCACACCUUCCCCGACCAAGGCUCCGACGCCGACGAUGUGCUGGCAGUUGUGCACAUCGACCUGUGCGGGCCGUUCCGCAUGGCUGCCAAGGAUGGCAGCCUGUACUUCUUGUUGCUGAAGGACCACAAGACCCGCUACGUGUGGGUGAAGCCGAUCACCAAGAAGUCGGACGCGUUGCCGGUGUUUGUGCAGUGGCUGGCGGUGGCUGAGCGGCAGACGAAGAAGUCGGUGUUGAUGCUGCGCUCUGACCGGGGAGGGGAGUUCCUCGGGAAGCAGUUCAUCGACUUCGUGAACGACAAAGGGAUCGUCCACGACCUGACCUGCCCAUACACCCCGCAGCAGAACGGCAUGGCGGAGCGGGAGAUGCGGACGGUAGUGGAGUCGGUGCGGACAAUGCUGUUGCACAUGGGCGUGCAGCACCACUGGUGGCACCUCGCUCUCCGGCAGGCCGUCUGGGUCCGCAACUGCCUUGAGAGGUCGACGCUGCCGCCGGGGACGACGCCGUACCAACUGCUGACCGGGAAGAAGCCCGACUUGUCGCUGGCGUGGGUGUGGGGCUGCAUGGCGCAGUUCUUAGUCCCCGAGCAGCAGCGUGGUGGGAAGCUGCAGCCGAAGGCAAAGUGGGGUCUGCACCUUGGCGUGUCGGCGGCGAGCAAGGGCUGGGAGCUCCUCGACGUCGACACCGACCGGGUGGUCACCACGUCGGACGUGGUGUUCUACGAGGAGAUGUCGCUGGCCGAGUGGAAAACGGCGUCCGGGUCGGUGUCCGGCCGUUCGUCCCUCACUCCGCCAUCUGACACCUCGUCGGCGACGCUGCCACUGCUUGCCGAGAUCGGUGAGCUUUCUGUACAGGACGUCGAGGACGUCCGCCCCCCUGCUCCUCCUCCUGCGACCCCCGCCCCUCCCCUCGUGGUCGAUCUGCGUCGGCUGACCUCAGUGUCGGCCUCCGGCGAUGAGGGGAGUGGUGCGACGCCGCCUUCGGCCAAAUGCAUCGCCGGUGGCCGACGCGAUGAGCGGCAGGGCGACGUGGGCUUGCAGUCGACGUCGACAGGGGAGGAGCAGGUCGAGAAGCAGGUCGAGGACCAGCGGCCAGCAGAGGAGCAGGCAGCAAUGACGCCGACCAAGGAGCAGUCGGCGACCGGGCAGUCGGCAGGGGAGCCGACCAUAGGGGAGAAGUCGGCUGGGACGCCGGCUGACGAGCAGCAGGACGUCGAGGGCAGCGGCAAUGAUGGAGGGGACGCCGAGGAGGUCCAGCCAGGACCACGGCGUUCAGGCCGACUUCGGAGGCCGCCUGACUUCUUCGUCCCCGCUGCCUUCACCACGGUGUACGACGUGGACGAUGAGGCCGACGACCUGCUGUACGACGAUGCCGAGGAGGAUGAAGAGUUUCCAGAGCUCGACCCCGACAUGUUAGCCGACCCCGAGCACCGUUGGGACAUCUCGACGAUGACGGUGAAGGAGGCGUUGGCGAGCUGGAAGGGCCCGGCAGUGAAGGCCGCCAUGGAGGAGGAGAUUCGCAGCCUCCUCAACAUGGGAACGUGGGAGUUGGUCGAACGUCCGCCGGGAGUGAACGUCAUGAAGAACCGGUGGGUGUUGACGACGAAGUACCACGUCGACGACACCGUCGAGCGCGAAAAGGCGAGGCUGGUGGUGAAGGGCUUCACGCAGGUGUAUGGCGCCGACUACGACGAGACGUUCGCGCCGGUGGGCAGCUACGUCACGCUGAGGAUCUUCCUCAGUAUCGUCGCCGUCCGCAACCUCAACCUGAUGCAGCUCGACAUGAAGAACGCCUUCUUGCAGAGCAAGCUCGACAGGGUGCUCUACAUGUCCCAGCCAGACUACUUCAACGACGGGAUCGGCCGGGUGUGCAAGCUGCUGAAGAGCCUGUACGGGCUAAAGCAGUCGCCGCUGCUGUGGUACUUGGCGCUCAAUGACGUGCUGGUCGGCGCCGGGUGGAAGAAGAGCCAGGUCGACGAGGCUCUCUACUGCAAGGUCGGAGAGGACGGAGUGGCCUGCUGGGUGCUGGUCUACGUCGACGACCUACUUGCCGCCAGCAGUAGCACCGCGAUGUUGAAGGAGCUGAAGGAGCUGCUGGAAGCCGCCUUCGAGCUGCGUGAGAUCUCGCCGGUGCAGAAGUACCUCGGGCUGGAGAUCGUCCGCGACAGGUCGGCGGGGAAGCUGUGGCUGCACCAGCAGGGCUACGCCGACAAGCUGCGUAGGCGCUUCAUCGACGAGGAGCAGACCGGGCGCACCCCGAAGACGCCGGUCUCUGUCGCCGCCUACGCUGAGUUCACGUUCGAUGAUGAGGAGGCACAGGAGCGGCAAGAGGAGGAGUACCGACAGAAGGUCGGCUCGCUGCAGUUCGCGGCGACGACGACGAGGCCGGACAUCGCCUUCGCGUGCAGCAAGCUGGGGAGCGGUCUCACGGUGAGGAGCGACCAGCACUGGCGUGAGGUCGACCGCUGCCUCGUCUACCUCGCCAAUACGCGUGACACCGCCCUGAAGUUCGGCGGUGGACCUGAGUCGCUGGACCUGGUCGGCUACGUGGACGCCGACGACGCCGGUGACAAGCAGAACAGGACGAGCACGAGUGGCUACGUGUUCGUCUAUGGAGGGGCUGCAGUCUCCUGGUCGAGCCAGCGCAUCAAGUGUGCGACGUUGUCGUCGAAUGAGUCGGAGUACGUGGCAGCCACCGAAGCCGGCAAGGAAGGACGUCGACUUCGUUUCCUCCUUGCAGAGUUCCAGCAGCUGGAUGCCGGGAAGCCGACCGUCCUUCGGGUGGACAACAAGUCGGCUAUCUCAGUCGCCGAGGGCAUGGGGUUGACGGGCAACCUCAAGCACAUGGAGCGGCGACAGGCCUGGCUGCAGCACAUGGUGAAGCGCGGGAAGUUCUCGUUGAGGUACAUCCCAACGACUGAGCAGCCGGCCGACUUCCUGACGAAGGCGCUGCACUAUCCGGCCUUCAACCGGUGCUCCGUCGCAAUCGGCCAGGGGAGCAGCCGACCUGCAGCAGUGGGCGAGCUGGUCGACGAGGAGGUCGACCUGCACGGGGACCACUGCACGGGCGCCGACUUCGGGGUGGCGCCAACUUCGGGGAGGUCGACUUAA